GAAUAACAGAGGUGGAAUAUAAAAAUGAGACCCAUCCAUAUAUAGGAGAAGAAGAAGAGAGGAGAAAGAGAAUGGAGAAGGAACCCUAAAGAAUAAUUACACACACAACUCUUUGUUCUCUCCCUCCUCCACCAGCAAGUAGCAGCAGCAGAAGAACAAAGAGAAGGGAAGAAACAGCUUUCCGUGUUCUACAAUCGAGAUCUAAAAGAGGGCGGGGGGUUUGAAGAAAAUUCAAGCAGAUAGUUACCGAAGGAGAGAUCAUGGUUGCAUGUUGGGUACUCUGAUUUGGACUCAUCAGUGAUCCUUACAGAAACCAAAACCAGAAAAAGAACACCAUAGAGAACGGUGCUGUGUUGCUGCUUUGAUUCGGGAGAUGGAAGCAGCUUCAUUCUCAGGUCCUUUAUUCGGAACCAGAGAGGUAGAUCAGUACACCACCAAUCAGCAGCAACAGCCGCAGCAGUCAUCAUCACCACCGAGUUCAUCGGCCGCUCCUCGGAAGAAAAAGAGGAACCUUCCUGGAAAUUCUUCAAAUGCCGAGGCCGUAGUGAUUGCUUUGUCACCCAAGUCGCUUCUGGCAACGAAUCGAUUCAUCUGCGAAGUGUGCAACAAGGGAUUCCAGCGGGAGCAGAAUCUGCAGCUCCACCGGCGCGGCCACAACCUGCCAUGGAAGCUGAAGCAGAAGAACCCCAAGGAGGUGUGCCGCAAGGUCUACAUCUGCCCGGAGACCACCUGCGUCCACCACGACCCCUCCCGCGCCCUCGGCGACCUCACCGGCAUCAAGAAGCACUACAGUCGCAAGCACGGCGAGAAGAAGUGGAAGUGCGACAAGUGCUCCAAGCGCUACGCCGUCCCCUCCGAUCUGAAAGCCCAUUCCAAGAUCUGCGGCACUCGCGAGUACCGAUGUGACUGUGGAACCCUCUUUUCCAGGCGUGAUAGCUUCAUAACCCACAGAGCUUUCUGCGACGCAUUAGCACAAGAGGGUGGGAGGAUUCCGACCGCCAUGAACACCAUCGGAAGCUACUUAUACGGCAACGCCGGAACAAAUCUGGGCCUUCCUCAGCUGAACGCGCAACUCUCCUUAGAGGACCGAGCUCAUGUUGUACCGCCCGACCCUCUCCGGCUUGCUGGGAACGGUGGUGCAACACGGUUCAACCAUCUCACGGUGCCGGCCUUGCAGCCGAUUCACCCAUCUCGGUCUGCUCCGUUCUACCUUGGUGGUGGCUCGAGCCGAGACUUGGGCGAUGACCCUCUACUGCUCCAGAGCAAACCAUUCAAUGGCUUAAUGCAGCUCCAACAACUCCAUUCAUCCGCCGCUACUGCUACUGAUCUCUUCAAUCUUGGCAUCUUAUCUGAUAGCAGCAACAGGAGCAUCGCCAUUAAACCAAAUGCUCACCCGCUGAUCUCUGAUAGAUUAAACAGCACUGCUGGUGGGAGCAACGAGCCGCCCACACUGUUUGCAGGAAAUCUCUUGAGCAACCACGUUCAUCCGAACAUGUCUUCUUCCACGUACGACCAAUCGGUGAAAAGUGACUCAGCACCACCUCAUAUGUCGGCAACUGCUCUUCUUCAGAAGGCGGCGCAAAUGGGUGUGACUCCUAAUCGCGGCAGCGGAAGCUCCUUACUCAAAGGUCUGGGAAGCUCGUAUUCUAGCGGCAAAUACACAAGUUUUGGUGCUGGUUUUGAUGGUGCCGAAGGGAGCUCAGCAGCAGCUCAACUGCAAGACGUCAUGAACUCCCUCGCUAAUGGAAACCAUAUGUGCAGCAGCACAAACGAGAGCGAGUUGCAGCAGAACCAAUCGGGCAGUGGCAUGGGAGCACCAGACAGUUUGACCAGAGACUUUCUCGGGGUUGGAGGCAUGAUGAGGAGCAUGGGGGGAGGAAUGACACAAAGAGAACAGCACCUCUCUGGAUCUUAUGGGAGUCUGCAUUGAGUGGUCGCAGUGAGGACAAAGAUCUUAUGGGUAGAAGCUAUCGGUUGUUCUUACUGUGCUUGCUGUCACCCUUGAAUCAGAGAAAUAGGAUCCAAAUUCUGCAUCUCUGUUGGCAAAUUGUGAUCGUUCUAGUCCCGACUUGAAGCUAGAAGACUAUGUCAUAGACUAUCUUCUUCCUUCUUUGAGUACCUCAAAGUUUCUCUAUUCGCCUCGGAUUUUUCACUUGUAACCGAGAAGUCUGCCUUCCUUCCAUGAAGCUAAUAAAAACUCUUUAUUUAUGUG